AUGCACAAUGUAAACCGAUUGGCGCCUGCACCACCACCAGUAAUUAACGCAUGGUCAGAAAACAAGUUACUAUGUAAUACAGAUGUUGCCAAAGAUUCAAACAUCAACACCGACCGCGACCGCGACGAGAGUAUCAAUUCGUUUGCUGAACCAGAAGCUCUUUACGAUAAAAACGUUAUAGGUAUGACCAAUUGUGGAGUUACUUUAAAUAAACAGAUUUGUAUCGAUACUUUUGAAAAAUCAUCAAUCAACUCUCAAAAUACCAACUGUGAUGAUAAAAUGUUGAUAGCUGUGGAUGAAAAGCUCCAAGUCAACAGACAAAACUUUUCAAAACCCUCAAAUACACUCAGUAAGUAUCAAGCGGAUGCAAAACCCUUCUUUCAUACAGGUAUAGACCAUAAUGCUUACACAAUAAAUUCAAAUUUUAUGCCAGAAUUCCUUCCACUCACAGCAAGCAGUUUACCAUUUAUAGAGUCACCUCUAACAACAGCAAGUGCAAUAAUGACAAAUGCAGUUUCUUCACCAGUAUUUAUACCUUCAAUGGGCUCAUCAUUCUUUCACCACUCAUCAGCUACAACAGCACCACAACCCUCAAAACAACAACAACAACAGCAACAACAACAGCAACAACAACAGCAACAACAACAGCAACAACAGCAAUCUGCAUCAUUGCCACAUACGUUGCCAUUACCACAACCGUUAACGCCACCGCAUCCAUCAGCGCAUAUGGUCCCAAUACCGACCCCUGUGAUUAUAUACAAGUUGCCUCCAAACAUCCACCAAUAUCACCAAUUCCAACAAUACUCACACACCCUUGGUACUUAUUCAGAGCAGUUGACCAUAUCCCCAAUUGCAAUCAGCGACAAAAACAAACAACACAAAACCAAAAAGGAACACAUCAAACGCCAACUAAUGUACUAUUUCUCAACUGAAAAUCUUUGCAAAGACGUGUACUUGCGCUCAUUGUUCAAUAAAUAUGACGGAAAAUUAGAAGUGGCAAAGUUGAUGUCAUUUAAUCGGCUCAAAAUUUUGACUCAAAAUGGGAGAUAUGGCAAUCUUUUAGUGGAAGCUGCUCAUGAGCUUCCAUUCCUCGAGCUACUUGAAAAUGAUAGAUAUAUCAGAUUAACAACUUGGGAAAGAUGGAUAUUGAUCUAG